GAAAAUUCAUAUAUAUAUAUAAAUCAAGAAAAUGUAAUAGAAAGAAAUAGAAGAGACCUAAGAGGAAGUAAAAACCAUUAAAGCUAUAACUCCAAAAGUAGGAAUUUUUUAUUAAUUACAAGGAAAUAAAAAAGAUAGUGAAACCUCAAUUUGAAGCUAAUCCAGAAUUGUUUUAUCCAACAAAAGUGUUCGAUAAAUUUGGUUUUACUAGAUGCAAAUGUCCUAAAUGUGGGGCAUAUUUUUGGAGACAUACAGAUAAAAAGGUUACUUGUGGAGAUUCUAAGUAGUUCAUGUUUAAAAAUUAUAUAGCUGUGAAGGAAAAUAUUCUUUUAUAGGAGUAGGGACAGGAAAAGGGGCUAAAGGUCAUAAAAUCUCAUAUGCUGAUGCUUGGAAUGGAUUUAAGAAAUCGUUAACGAGUUCUAGAGUACCAUGCACAGCAAUAGACAGAUAUCCUGUAGUAGCAAGAUGGAGAAAUGAUGUUGAUUAUGUUGCUGCCGGUAUUUAUUGUUUCCAACCAUUUUGUGUUACAGGUGAGAUGGAUCCACCAGCUAACCCCUUAAUAUGUCCUUAAUUUUGUGUAAGAUUUAAUGAUUUAGAUAAUAUUGGUUUAACAGGAAGACAUUAUUCAGGAUUUAUAAUGCUUGGAAUUUAGACAUUCAAUUAUCCUGAUAAAUACGUAUUCUUUAAAGAAGAAUGUGUGGAAUUCAAUUAUAGAUGGUUGACAGAAGAACUAGAAAUUAAUCCAGAUGAUAUAACGUUUAUUGAGGAUGUCUGGGCAGGAGGAGGAAAUUUAGGUCCAUCAGUAGAAUAUUUUGUAAAUGGUUUAGAAGUUGGAAAUAUGGUGUUCAUGUAAUAUAAAUAUUUUCAUGAUGGUUCUUAUGAAGAAUUACCAAUUAAAAUUAUAGAUACAGGAAUAGGAUUAGAACGCAUACCAUGGUUAAUUAAUGGAUCUCCAACAAGCUAUCAUGAUGUAUUUGCUGGAGCAUUUGCUUUUUUGUCUUAGAAGUUAGAAGUUUAAUAUUCAAAUGAAGUUUGGAAAGCAUUUGGACCUUAUAGUUGCUUACUGAAUGUGGAUGAGAUUGAAAAUGUAGAUAAAACAUGGGAAUAUAUUUCAUCAUAGAUUGGAUAUGAUGUUUAAACCAUAAAAAAGGAAAUAGAAUAAUUGAAAGAUAUGUAUAUAAUAUUGGAUCAUACUCGUACAGUAAUGAUGGUUGUAACAGAUGGAUCAUUGCCAUCAAAUGUAGGUGGUGGUUCUAAUAUUAGAAAUAUUAUAAGAAGAGUAUUCGCUGUAUUAAAGAAGAAUAAUUGGUGGGAUAAAUUAGGAAUGGAUGGAUUAUUGUAAUUAUUUUAGGAACAUAAGAAUGAUUUAGCAAAGCUUUAUGGUCAAUUUGGUGAAUAUAAAAGUUUUAAUAUGAUAAUUAAACAGGAAUAUGAACGUUGGGCUAAAACUGAUGAUGAUAAAAAGAUAAAAUUAGAGAAACUAUUAAAAUAAAAGAAUAAUUAAUUAAGUAUAGAUGAUUGGAUAUUUGCAAUGAGUACACAUGGUAUACCAGCAGAUACAAUAAGCUAAAUUAGUAAAUUACCGAUACCUGGUAAUCUGUAUGCAGAAUUAGCUGAUAGAGCUGCUAGAAUAACCAAAGCACCAGAGGCUAUUUUAUAUAAUACGGUUCACUUACCAGAGACAGUGAAUAUGUAUUAUUAAACACCAAAGGAUGGCAAAUUUAAUGCAAAGAUUGUUACUAUAUUUUAGAAUGUUUAAUAAUAAAAUGCUUAUAACAUUGUAAUAUUAAAUUAGUCUGCAUUUUAUCCAUUUGGAGGUGGUUAAGAUUAUGAUUAAGGUUGGUUAACAAUAGAAGGAUAACGAUAUUUUGUAAAUAGUGUAUAAAAGGUAGGGAAGGUAGUAUUACACAUAUUGGAUAAAGCAUUACUAAACACAGUGGAUUCUUAUGUUGAUAAAGAAGUGUUGGCUGAAAUAGAUUUAGAUAGAAGAUCAAUAUUACGUAAUCAUCAUACAGCUACACAUAUUGUAUUUGCUGCUUGUAGAACAAUUCUUGGACCUCAUGUUUGGUAGAAUGGUGCUCAUAAGAGUGUGAAUAAUGCUCAUUUAGAUAUUACUCAUUUUGCUCCAUUAAGUAAAGAAUAGGAGUAGAAAAUCGAAAAUGAAGUUAAUAAGAUUAUUUUAUCAGCUAGAUAAAUUAAUAAAGGAUUUAUGAAUAAAGCAGAUGCUGAAAAAGAAUAUGGAUUUAGAUUAUAUUAAGGUGGUAUUGUACCUGGAAAUUAAUUAAGAGUUGUUAAUAUUGAAGGUAUUGAUGUUGAAGCUUGUUGUGGUACUCAUUGUGAUAGUACUUCAGAAGUAGGAUGGGUUAGGAUUCUUAAAACACAAAAACUUUAAGAUGGAGUUGUUAGAUUAUACUAUGUUGCAGGAGUAAAAACUAUAUAAGUUCUCAAUUCAGAAGGAGAAAUGAUUAAUUAAUUAGUUAAAUUAUGGUCUAUCUCAAAAAAUUAAUUAGUGGAAGAAGGUACCAAAAUCUUUUAAGAAAAAAAACAUUAUGAAGCUGCUUAUAACGUAAUUUAUAACCCUUAUUUUAGAAUAUCAAAGCUGAACUUAUUAAAUCUCAAAUGAAAUAUAUCAUUGAUGGACCAAAUCUAAAAACCGUUAUCUAAUCUAAUGAGUCUAAUCCGACUGCUUAUUUCAGUGAAAUUGGAAAAUAUAUUCAAUUAUUAAAGGAUUUCAAAAAAGGAGUUGUUUUUGUUGCUGAUACUUUUCUUUAUGGAGCUUUUGGUGAUCCAACUUUUAAUCUUGAAGAACUAUGUAAACAAAUACAGGAAGAAAAAACAUAAAUGAAUAUUAACAAAUUAAAUAAAAUUAGUGUCAAAGAUGGAAAAGUAUAUUAUUUUAUUUCUAUUUAGAAAACCAUUUAAAUUAAUGAUGUGUUAACAUUUUCUGUCUUUGGAAAAUUUAAUAAGAAUAAAGCAUUGAACUAUCUUAAAGAUUAACAAUUUGCAUUAUUCUGA